CGAUUUAAAGACACUAUUUGGUCCAAAUUCCGACGAAUCUGACCUGUGUUGCUAGCCAGUCAACUUAGGCACGUGAAAGAACUGUUGAAAUCCCAGAAAAACGGGGACAAUUUUAAAGGGUAAAAUAAUUCCAAGUAUCACAUUCCAAAACCAUGGAAUGAAUACCUUAAUUACUGCGAUUUUGCUAGUAUACUGCUAAAAUUAACACCAUUUGCAGCGUGAGGUUUUGCAUCUAUCAUGGUUUCUUCUUCAGCAUCCACCGCCCCGCCAACCCACGAUGGCUCAGCCCAGAACGCCACUCCUCAACCUGUGCAGGUUGCAAGGCGCUUGGAGAAGUUCAAGACAACUAUUUUCACACAAAUGAGUAGCCUUGCUAUCAAGCAUGGUGCUAUUAAUCUUGGCCAGGGCUUUCCCAAUUUUGACGGCCCAGAGUUUGUCAAAGAAGCAGCUAUUCAGGCCAUUAGAGACGGUAACAAUCAGUAUGCUCGUGGAUGUGGAAUUCCUGAGCUGAAUUCAGCAGUGGCCGAGCGAUUCAAGAAAGACACUGCAGGACUACUUGUUGAUGCGGAGAAGGAAGUCACAAUCACCUCCGGAUGUACUGAAGCCAUUGCUGCAACGAUGUUAGGUUUAAUAAAUCCUGGUGAUGAAGUUAUCCUCUUUGCCCCAUUCUAUGAUUCCUAUGAAGCUACCCUCUCAAUGGCUGGUGCUAGCGUAAAGUGUGUUACAUUGAGGCCCCCAGAAUUUUCUGUCCCCUUGGAUGAGCUGAGAUCUAUCAUCUCAAAAAACACACGUGCAAUCUUGAUGAACACUCCUCAUAACCCCACUGGAAAGAUGUUCACCCGGGAAGAACUUAAUGUCAUCUCUACCCUGUGCAUCGCAAAUGAUGUACUGGUUUUCUCUGACGAAGUUUAUGACAAGUUAGCUUUUGAAAUGGAUCACAUCUCCAUUGCAUCACUGCCUGGCAUGUAUGAGCGGACAGUGACUCUGAAUUCUUUGGGGAAGACAUUCUCAUUAACGGGCUGGAAAAUCGGUUGGGCUAUAGCUCCAGCACACUUGACAUGGGGUAUAAGACAGGCACAUUCGUUCCUUACCUUUGCAACGUCGACUCCAAUGCAAUAUGCAGCUGCAACAGCCCUAAGAGCUCCAGAUUCUUACUUCAAAGAACUCAGAAGGGAUUACAUGGUAAAGAAGGCUAUCCUGGUAGAGGGUUUGAAGUCUGUGGGAUUCAUAGUCUACCCAUCGAGUGGAACCUACUUUGUGGUGGUGGAUCACACCCCAUUCGGGCUGGAAAAUGACGUGGCCUUCUGUGAGUACCUAAUCAAGGAAGUCGGGGUCGUUGCAAUACCGACCAGCGUCUUCUACUUAAAUCCAGAAGAGGGCAAGAAUCUUGUGAGGUUUACCUUCUGUAAAGAUGAAGAGACUCUUCGAACUGCUGUGAAGAGAAUGAAGGAGAAGCUUUUAAAGAAGCUGUGAGAGUAGCUGUUAAAGAACCAUUUCCCUUGACAGAUGUAAGCAGUAUUUUAGCUGUUUAUGUUUAAACCUUGAGGCGAUUGUAUAAUCCCGCAAACUACUACUGGUGACAUUCUUUACACUUAAUCAAAAGAGUGUAGCAAUAAGAAAUUAUCAUAUUGGUAAUUUCAGAUUUAAUUUUAUCA